GAACGUAGAAAGGCAAUAGAUUAUAUGCUGGUACAACGCAUUAGCAGACGGACUCAUUCGUCCGGUCCGUCACGAGUAAGAUCCGUCAAAGGUUGCAAUUUGACAGUAUGGAAGAGGACAGUCCGGAAGAGUUUCUUGCAGAGUUCAAGGAGAAACAUCUAGGUGCUUGGGGAAUUGUCCAGAUAACUGCUGGCACAGGGCUAGCUGUCUAUGGCAUGUGGGCAGGGGUUCUCAUGCCGGGAUUUCGAAAAGUCCCUCUGAGGUUACAGGUGCCCUAUCUCCCCGCCAGCAAGAAACAAGUGCGGAAUGUGAUGGCACUGCUGAGUGGUCGACAUGGUAACCUUGUGGACUUGGGCUCCGGUGAUGGCAGGAUUGUGCUGGAAGCACACAAACACGGCUUUGGUCCCACAGUAGGAUACGAACUCAACCCCUGGUUAGUUCGUCUAGCUAACUUCCACGCAUGGAGAGCAGGUCAUUAUGGGAAGGUGUCGUAUCGGCAGGAAGACCUCUGGAAGGUGGACCUUACUGAGUGUAAGAAUGUUACUGUGUUUUUGGCCCCCAGCGUGCUCUCUUUACUGCAGGAGAAGAUGGAGGCUGAGCUUCCAGAUGACGCCUUGGUAGUAGCCGGUAGAUUUCCCUUCACUGAGUGGACUCCAUGCAGGAUUGAAGGAGAUGGUGUAGACAGAGCUUGGGCCUAUACCAUGCAGGCCCAAAGACUGCCAGCAGGGAGUGCUGUGCUACCUGUACCUAAAAGAGUUGAAAUCACCAGUUUGAACUGAAAGUGAGAGAACUGUCUGGACCAGGAAGACAUGAGCAUGAGACAUAAGCAUGAGCGUUUGUCUGAUGGAAGAAACCAUUGGUAGUCUGAGGAGGAGGGACAAACCAUUUUCAUCUACAUGGGUUGACACAAGUAGCUGACUGAGACCCACUCCUCACAGUGUUGAGUUGGUAGUUAGAGAAAAGAAUUGAGAAAAGAACAGGGAGUGAGAUGCCGUCUGAGUAUAUGAACCUGUCAACAGAUAAACUACCAAGCACAUAGUACAAUCCAGACAUCUUUAAAAACCAUACCUUUUCCACAUUAUGUUACCUUACAGCCUUAUUCUAAAAUGGAUUAAAUAAAAACAUGUCCUCAUCAAUCUACACACAAUACCCCAUAAAGACAAAGCAAAAACAGGUUUAGACAUUUUAGCAAAUUUAUUCAAAAUAAAAACCAGAUACCUUAUUAACGUAAGUAUUCAGUCCCUUUGCUAGGAAACUUGAAAUUGAGCUCAGGUGCAUCUUGUGUCCAUUGAUCAUCCUUGAGAUGUUUCUACAUCUUGAUUGGAGUCUACCUGUGGUAAAUUCAAUUGAUUGGACAUGAUUUGUAAAGGUACACACCUGUCAAUGAAAUAAACAUCCUCUCACUGUCAACUGUUUAUUUUCAGC